UCUCGAAGUCCCAUCAUCACACAAGUGCUGUUUGCUUUGCGUUACGCGAAAAUCAAGUCACGGCUGUAGAGUAGCCGAGGUCAAGACGGAUUCUGAAGAUGGCAUCAAGAUAUGUCAGCAUUGCUUUCGAGCUGAGUCACGAAUCCAUAUUGUAGUCGAGUCGGCAGGACCACAAGUCCGAUGGGCAAAAGCGGUGUCGUAAUCGACGUCGUGCUUCGACGACUCGGUGUUGCGGCUAAGCGCGACAGGAACGGAGAGCAAUCCUUUGCCAGCUCGGCCUUCAAGCUGAACGCGAGAGCUUGUUCCCUUGGAGUAUAUCUUCAGAGGAUCUCGACUCGGUUGGUUUAAAGAACAGCAUCUCACCUUAUUGUACGUAUAAUUGCGAACAGACAAGAUCUGAUACAUCAUCUCGAGAGUGCGUAUCUCUGAAGCAAAGAGACAAAGCAGAGCGCAUUCAAACAUGGCAAUUCCAAUCAUUCUGUGCGGCGUGAGUGAGGUCAUGGGCACAGCAGUCACGCAAAGACUCAGACCCGAAGUAGAAGUAUUGCAAUUCAUCAAUUCUGCUUCCAGGGCCAAAGCUGAAAUUCCGGCUAUUUUGGCUGGCAAAGCUCCAUCGCCAAAUCCGGAUGAAAACAUUGGUUCGCAUGAUUUCAGCAAACGGCCAGCAGCUGUCGCAUUUGGACGUGGGUUUGAGCUGCAAGAUGUGAAGGACAUCCGAGCCGCCUGUCAAAGUCCGGAGAUCAACGUGGCGUGGUUAUGCUCAAGCGCAGUCGACAUCGCCAAUACCAAGGCUAGUCCGCCCAACUUGAGCGAUCCAAAGACUGUGGAUGGGUACGCUGCUUCAAUAGCCGCUCUGGUCAAGGACACAGUCAACAAAGUCAUGACUGAGGGGAAGGGCACCAAUGAGAUAUACAAUUAUUAGUGAAACAAGCAGUCCUCGAUAGGAAACUGUACGGCAGGAAAUAGUUAGAAGCACUGAUCUUGAAUCUCAUGUACUUCCCAGCAGCGCGAAAGAGGGCGUUGAGAGGGAAUGGUGACCGCAUCUUAGGUCCGCAAGUCGCUGUUACGCCAAUGUCGACAAGUGAAGUCAGACUUGACCUGGGCAACGAGAAUCUUGGGAGGAAGGUGUUGCGUCUAAUCUUGCUGCGCGACUAAACUGCACGAGCAGUUAAUGUGAUCACUCUGUCGCGCGACCG